AUGGGUCACAUACAGAGAAGAGCGCUAGUAGUUGUCUUCCCCAGGUUCAACAUUCUCGAUGUGAGCGGUCCGGUCGCAGUACUCUUCAACUCGGACUUCGUCGUGAGCUAUGCCGCCAAGGAUGAGCUCACAACAUCCCAAGAGAACGCAACAGUUAAGAGAGAUAUAUCCCUUGCUGAAGCCAAACUUCACCUGUCCGACUAUGAAAUAUUGAUUGUCCCUGGCUCACGACCAAGCAAUAUCCUACCGCAUGUGGAACCUGAGCAGGGGAAGCUAUCGGAGCUUGUCGAAUUUAUCACCUGUUUUGCAUCAGACGUGGAUCAAGAUAGCGUGCGGAAACGUACCAUCUUGGCCGUCUGCAUUGGAUCUUACUUCUUAGCUUUUCGGGGUGUGCUUGAUGGCCUCACCGCAACCACACACCGUCUUGCUGUCCCGGGGCUACGAGAUGCAACCCAACGUUAUGUGGAUCAAACUCCCGGUGCUAAAGGGACUCGAAUCGUCCCCGAAAAUCCCUCGGACCAGGUUUCCUAUCUGGAUGCUGGCCGGAACCAGUUCGGGGUCAGAAUCAUCACGACGGGCGCUGUGGUCAAUGGCAUCGAUGCCGCAUUGUAUUUUGUUAGCCUUAGUUCGAGUCGGUCACUUGCAAUUGAGGUCGCAGGACUCAUUGGGCAUCGGUGGGAGGAAAUAUAG